AUGGAUGGAGGAGCUAAUCUGGAUGCGCAAAUAGAGGUGCUGUUGAAUGUGGAGAAGCAGAUGAGACUCAACGGCGAUGUGGCCGGCACAAGGAAGGCCGUUACAGAAAUUCUUCAACUUUGCUUUGAAGCUCGUGCUUGGAAAGCCCUCAAUGACCAGAUUGUAUUGUUAUCCAAGCGACGUGGUCAAUUGAAGCAGGCCGUAACUGCGAUGGUCCAGCAGGCAAUGCAAUACAUUGAUGAGACACCGGAUCUUGAAACUAGGAUAGAGCUCAUUAAAACCUUAACAAUAUAUGUGGAGAUUGAGAGGGCUCGUUUGAUCAAGAGACUUGCAAAGAUCAAGGAAGAACAAGGGCUUAUAGCUGAGGCUGCUGAUUUGAUGCAAGAAAUUGCGGUCAGUUUGUGA